AGUAGAGCCAAAGUAAUCACAAGCUCCGUGUCAGUGCAGUCGACUUACAGCGGGCUGUGAGGAGAACUGGCGCGACCCCUUUGUCCAUAAAUACAACUUUGCAAUCGCUUAAACUUUUCAAAGUUUCUUUAAAGUCGCGUUAGAGUUUUUAUACUCGUCAGGUACUCGAGUAGAUCGUGUUAAAUUUCUUAUUUUGGCUUUGUGUUAAGUUAAAGGCUGGGCCUUUCACGCGCUCCGGACGAGAGAAAGAGAAGCGGGUCUUUUUGCGAUUAAAAGUCCAUAAAUGCUUUUUACCAAAAUGGACCUGUUGAACUACCCGUACUUGGACAAAAUGAACAACAACAUUGGCAUUCUGUGCUACGAAGGUGAAGCUGCUCUUAGAGGGGAGUCCAGAAUGCAGGCCAUGUCACUGACCUCUGCAGUCAGCAGUCACAGGACGGGUCCUCCUCCCAUCAGCCCCAGCAAGAGGAAACACAGCGGGGACCAAACGGACGACGACAUCGACUGCAACAGUGAGCAUGGGGCCAAGAUGAGCCGGCUGUUUGCCGUACAGUUAGGCAAGCCUGCCAAUGGGGACUACCGCAAGGACCCCCGGGAUCGCAGCCGCAGUCCCAUCAUUGCCGCCCCCACCAUGAGCCUCGUCGGUGGUCAGAUUUAUGCCCACAUGCCCAGCCUGGCCAUGGACCAGCCCCUCGCACUGACCAAAAACACGGACGCUUGCCGCACCGUCACCAUCUCCCCAAACGUCAGCCCUGUUGAGCGCCAGCAGAAUCGUCCCUCUGUGAUCACUUGUGCCCCAGCGAACAAUCGUAACUGCAACCUCUCCCACUGCACCGUGUCUCACAACGGCUGCUCACCCAGCCUGACUUCAAACUACCGCAGAUCCACCAACUCUAACACAGUCUGCGACCCUGUUAUCGAGGAGCAUUUUCGUCGCAGUCUGGGAAAGAACUACAAGGAGCCUGAGCCGGUAUCAAACUCUGUGUCCAUCACGGGCUCAGUGGACGACCACUUCGCCAAGGCGCUGGGCGAGACGUGGCUGCAGAUCAAGGCCAAGGGCAGCUCGUCCGGGAGCCCGGACUCAUCCCCGAACAGCCACAUGGUCAACCACAAUCACUCCCCUUCUCUCGUGUCUUGAAAAGAGGACCAGCUGACCCCAGUCCCAGCCUCUUCCAGCUGCCUCGCUCUCAAAGCAUCCAUGCAUGUUUUAGCAGUGCUGAUGUAUAGCUAUGUACAUAAGAACGCACGGCGAGGAUGUACUCGUUCAUUUUCCUAGUUUUGUGCUUUUGUUUGCUUUUAUUUGCCUUUUCUUUUAAGUAUACUAGUGUACGUUUAGCUUGGUCGUUACAUAAUGGGAUGCCCAUACACAUCAUCAAUGAGCAGGAAGCAUUUUGGUUUUUUGAUUAACCAUCAUCCGACUGUCUAACCAUCUGCCUCAGAUACCAAAGAAACCUCUGAUGCAAACCAUUUACCCAGAAGCCAUUCUCGCAUUUCAGCCAGCUCAUUUCUUAAAAGGUUUUCCUCUCCGGUUGUCCCACACUGCGUCUUCUAUCCCGGGUUGUGCUUUGAAUCUGUAUGUGUAUAUUUGAAACUGAAAGCCUGGACUGAUUUUGCACUAUUGAUGGAUUGAGGCCGUAUCAGUUUAGUGUUGGAUACACAUCCUAGGAUGUUCAAAACAGGAGGACAGGAGUGCGAACUGCUGACGCAGGUGGGAAGUGAUGUCAUCCUCAUCACUUUGGCAGGAAGGGAGGGAACUUUCUAUCUUGCUUCAGACGAUUCUCUCUAUGGUGCUGACAACUGGACUGCGGCAAACAUGGGCAUUUUUUUGUCGUUUUGGGUUCGUUUCGAUCCCAGGCACUGUGGUUUUUGUAGAGUAGAUGAGGUUUUAAGGGUUAACUAGUGCUUAUAGGUGCAUGUUUUUAAAAUAGCUGGUAUCUAUUAUUGUGUAGACAUUUCAUUUGUAAUUCUUUUAGCCUUUCUUUCAGAUUUUAUUUUUGUCAGUAACAGUCCUAGAUAAACUUACUGCUGGUACAGUUGUACUCCAUAUUAUAAUUUUCUAUUCAAUAUUCAUGGUGGUAGCUGCCAGAUACAAAAUAAGUAAAACAGCCUCCGGACAGGCCAUCUAUAUAUUAACGGUUGGAUUUAUGUUAUUAAUUUUGUGGUACAGGACGCUAUCGCUCUUCGCAUGACUGAAUAAGAGAUAAGCAGCUACAGACAGGUCAACUUUAGCGUUGACAAUUUGCCGGGAACGCCAAGCUUAUUGUUGUUGUUUUUCAUCUUGCUCUCAAUUCUGCGUUGUUUGGCUGCGGCUGUCAAAAUGGACUUGGUUUUCAAACCUGUGCCGUAACAUUCCUCCGAUAGGGAACUUCGUACAGGUGUUGUACUUUUCUGACAUUUUCAGUGAAGUUAAUAACUCGAAGCUUUGACAUGAGGUUGCAGAUGCAGGAGAUACUUAGAUCUUAAGCUUGUCCUUACAUUCCAUCAGCUCAGUUUCAUCGCAGGUUUGGAUAUUGUGACAUUUGAAAACGGGAAAUGCUGCCAGACAGCCAUCUCUAUAACUCACCCUGUGCUCUUAUUGUAUGUAGUUGCCACGAUGUUGUCGUAUAACCUACAGGGGGCUUUUCUCCCCGUGUGUCAAUACUGGGGCAGGGUUUAGGAAGGAAUGUCCAGUCUGUCAUUUACACAUUUCACUACCAAUUUACUAGGUAGGGCACUCACGUUCAGCUUGACACACAAUACCCUACACGCUGUAGGUAUCUCACUUAAUUAAAAACGAACAAAAAAGUUUUUAUAUAGGAAACUAUAAGACCAUCAUUACGCUGUGCGUAACGAAUGUACAGAGAAGAAAAAUCGUAGGUAUUUUUUGAGGAACAAUUAAUUUGUUAAUGAUAUGUAGCUAUUUAAUUUUUCCCUUGUCUUUUAUUGUAGUCAUGCUUUUUUCGUUGAAAAAGUUGAUCUUUUUUGUUUGUAGGUUUUGUUUAAGGUUAAAGUGCAGGAACACAGUUAUUCUAUGAAAACACUGCGUAAGUGUAAUAGCCACUCGUGUAUUACUUCUAAAGGCUACUGAGCAGUCUCGAUACACUUCUGAACAGAGACUCUUUCAACUGUCUCUGGAGACAUUUGAACAAAAGUACUCAUCUCAUUGACCCAGAGUCUGAGAGAGAUACUUCACUCCAAUAUCAGCUGGGAGUUAAGCAACAUGUUUUUAUCAUAUGAUGUGCGCUUCCAGGAGAACGACGACAAGAAACAAAUGUUGAAAAAAACAUAAAUUCUGCACCUCGAGUGUACUUAAUUUGUAAAUCUGUAUUAUACCCUCAUUUCAUGGCCUUGUCUCUCCUUGGAAUAAAACAAAGUUUUGGCAGGCCAUUGUUUUGUACUUAAGUAGCCUCAAUGAACAAUAAAGUGCUCUUAAACCACA